UCAUCAUCCGUAGAUUUUGAUUGAUUGAUUUAUCAUGGCUCUACCACCACCGAUGAUGCACGGCCGCAACGCGACAAUGGGCAUGCCUCGGAAAAAGAAAAUGAUGAUGCACAUGACUUUCUAUUGGGGGAAAGACGCUUUGAUUCUUUUUAAGGGUUGGCCCGGGACCAAUACAGGCAUGUACGCGUUGGCGCUCGUUUUCGUCUUCUUUUUGGCUCUUUUGGUGGAAUGGCUAGCUCAUUGUAAUCUUAAAAUGACGAAAUCUGAUGAUGCAGGCUCGGGUUUGGCUCAAACGUUGGUGUAUACUUUUCGGGUCGGGUUGGGGUUCAUGGUGAUGUUGGCGAUUAUGUCGUUCAAUGUAGGGGUGUUUUUGGCAGCCGUGUUGGGACAUGCUUUAGGGUUUUUUUUCUUUCGGGUGAUUUUGAAACCGGCUAACAAUAAUACUGAUGGCAUUUCGAAUGCUUGUUAGUUAAUUGUGUUAGGUUUCUAGCUAUAUGUACUUG